AGCGGGCUCGUCGUUUAGCGUGUGUUUACGGUAGCCAUUUUUUUUGGUCUUGUUGUGUUGGAUCCUUCUCCGUUUUCUUUUGUUUACUGUUUAUGGUAGCCAUUUUUUUGGUCGUGUCGUGUUCGAGCCUUCUCCGUUUUCUUUUUUGUACUGCGCAUUACCUCGUUGUUGCGAUUGGCAAACGGUUCAAAAUGGAAGUCGAUGAAACUCGUAAUGACAAUAAAAAAUUCAUGUUCAAUGAAGGUAACUACUACUUGUUAUUGUUAUUAAUGCAUUUAUUGUUAUUACCUAUCGUUGAUCACUUGUGACUGGCUCCAUGGGCCAGUUUUACCUUACCGGUAUAUUUUUUGUUCCUAAUAUUUAAACUUUUUAAUAUUGGGUACCUACAUAAUAUAUAAUAUGUUUAAACUGUUUCUUAUGUCCUAGUUUUCACCGUUCUCAAUCGUAAGUUUAUUAUAGUUUCAUACCAUUAAUAGGUACAUUUUCGUGUCUUUGUUGAUAGUUCAUUGCUACACCUAGGUUAGUACCUACUUUUCGAAAUUUUGUUUGAAUGGGUGUUUUUUUUGUCACAUUGGUUAGCACCAAAUAGAUAAGGAUUAUAGAUGGUCAUUUGUAUAGCAAUAACAGUUUUUACUGCUAUUAAAAAAGUAAUGGUGAAAAUAGCGGUAACUGUUACUUGGUAUUAUGACUAGUAGCAGUGAUUGCUACUUUGAAAUCGCCUGUAAAAAAUCGAUGAUACUUUUGUUUAUGACGUCACUGUAGUCUAUAAUAACAAAACAAAGGUUCCACAUUUUACAAGUGUAUAGAUUUUAAAAUUUGUUAAUAUAUAAUAUUCAUCUAGUGAUAAUUAGGUACCCGUAAUAUAUUGUAAAUGUCAAGUAGCUCUUGUAUUGUUGCCCUUUGUUAGAGGUUGUGUUAUAGUGAUAAUAAUUUGAUUACGAACACUGUAUUCCAAACAAAUCUUAAAAUGACAUGGAGUCUCUGUUACUGAUUAUUUAUUGAUUAUUACUUUGGUUUAAAUUAAUAUAGUAUAUAGGUAUACUACAAAACUAAGCGUUUCAUAAUAGACAAAAUUCCAAAAAAAAAAAAUAAAAUAAUGUGUUACAAUAAUUAAUAAUACAAAUUAUUAUCUACUUACCUACCUAUCAAUUUGUAAAUUUUAUUUUAUUAUUUAUAUUGAUUAGGUACCAUGAUAGUUAUGACAAAUUUCCAUUAUUUUUUUCAAAUUAUAUUUAUUCUGUUAUUUAUUUAACUAUAAUAAUGGGUGGCUGCUUUCUUCAAACUGAACAUAUUUACUAUGUACUUGAUUUUUUGUGUAGAUACCUUAUGUCCCAGUCAUUCUGUGUAUAAUUUUCUCUAAAAAUUAUAAUAACAAUUUUAUUCGUUCAAUAACAAUCAAAAUGUAAAAAAAAAACAAUACCUAAUAUUAUUUAUUUUAUGUUUUAAUUAUUUAUAUUAGGUAUAAUGAGUGAUGAGAAACUAAGCGCUGUUUAUGUAUAACCCAUUUGGCUUGAUUUAACUCUGAAUUUAAUUACCCUGUUUACAAAUCUAAAUGAUUUUUUUUCAUUGAAAAUAAUAUUUUGUCUCAGCAUUAUUAUUAACAAGUUAAAUAAUAUUUUCAUAAACACAUUUACUUUAUCUCUGAUGAAAUUUGUUAUUGACAUUCGACUAAUUGAAGACUACCUAGCAAAACCUAGGCUUAAAACCGCUACCAAAGAUAUUGAUAAUGAAAAAUUAUUGAGAAGAAUAAUUUUGAAUUGAAUUAUAUUAUACUUAUCAAUUUUAUCAUUUAAUGAAGGGAAGAAAAAAACAAUGUUUUUUUGAACUGAAAAAACAAAUACAGUUUUUUUUUGUGUUAAAUACUAGAGCUCUCUGCGUUAUAAUUUUUGUAUUUUAUAUUAUAUUUUAUUACUUCACAACUAAAAAAAUAAAUUAAGAUUAUUUUUUUUAUUAAAUUUUUUUAAUAAUUUAAGAUAAUUAACUUUAAAAUUAAUUUUUUUUUAGUUUCUUAAAAAUUUAAUUUGUUUAUUGAUGAUUUGGAACAAAAACAGUUUAGCUACCAAGCAAAUUUUUGAAAUUUUUUUUCCUAAAUGUGUAUUUUUACAUGCCUAAUUUGAUUGUACUUCCAAAAAAAGUCGCUCAAAUUUCAUUUUGAAGUUAUGACCAAAAAACUUUAAAAUGCUCAAUUUUUAUAAAAAUUGUGUUUUGAGUUUAAAAUACCAAAAAUUUAUAUUUUUAGAAUUUUUUUUUUUAUAUAAAUAGUAUUAAUUUUAUGUUUAACAUUUUGGUGGAAUCAGAAUUCACCUAUCAUAAUCACUUUUUAUGUUAUUAUUAAUAAACCACGUAAAAGCUAAUUAUAAUGUUAUUUCAAUCAUUUGCAUAUUAAAGUUAUUUUAUUAUACAAUUGAUUAAAAUAACAUUAUAAUUAGGCUAUACAUGGUUUAUUUACAAUAAAAAAAAAAUUAAUGAUGAUAGAUGAAUUUUAAUUAUUACCAUUUCUAAAAAAAAAUCCUGAAAUGUAUAUUUAUGUUAUUUUAAAUUUAAAAAAGCGAUUUUUAGAAAAAUUGAACAUUUUGAAGUAUUUUGAAAUUAACUUCCAAAUAAAGUUUGGGUGAUUUUUUUGAAAGUACCAUCAAAUUAUGUAUGCAAAAACAUACAUUUUGAGGGAAAAAAUUCAAAAAAUUGUUUGGAAGCUAAAUUGCAUUUAUGCCAUUAAUAAAUCAAUAUUGUAUUAUAAUAUUUUACAAAGUUUAAAAAUUGUCUAAGGUAUAAGGUUUACAAAAUGGCUACUUAGAUUUUUUUUUAAAAUUUAAAAUUUUUAUUUCGAAUUCCUCAACAUCAAAUUUAACUAAAAUAUAUUUAAUUUUAACAACAAUAUUUAAAAAUAAUUUUUUUAAAAAAAAUACCUUAUUAUAUUUUUAAAUAUUCCUUGUCUCUGUAUCUUAAACUGUCCACGUUCUAGACUCUUUUAAGAUUGGUGAGAAUUAAUGAGAAUAAUCCGGGGUUGGUAAUAUUCGCGUAUAAAACUACUAAUAAACUUUAAAAUGACUAUGAAAUCAUUUUUUUUAUUUUUUUUUGAAGUUUAUUAUAAUUCAUAAUAGUAAUACUGUAUAUUUUAAAUUUGUUAAGGUAGUUAAAUUUAUAAAUUAAUAUAGCGAAUCACAUCAAUUUAGUAAAUUUUUUUAAAUUUAGAAUGAAAUAUAAAACAAAUAAAUUUUUGGUAUUAUAAAUAUUAAUGUAGUUAUUAAUAAAGAAUAAAGAUGAACCUAGUAAUUAAUAGAAAAAUAAUCACAUAUAUCUUAAAUAAUGAAUGAAAAAUAUUUUAUAAAGUGAUAAUUGAAUUCAAUUGACAAUUAUCUUACCUGAUCAUUUUUAUUCAAUUGUAGUGAAAAAAAAAAAUUGUAUACAAUAUAAUACUUGUUUUAUACUAGUACAUAACUGUAUUGUAUGUUCCAACUCCGGGAUAAUCUACUAUGUUAUUCUAAUUUGUAAUUGUUCUGAAGGUGUACCUAUAGUUUUUGAAUAUUCAUUUAGAUAAAAGCAUCUUUUUAAUCUAGGCUUACAUAGAUUUUUUAACUAUUUUUAACUAAAUGGUUCUAACUGACAGUAUGAAUUGUUUAAUGCAAGAAGAGGCUGUAUUUUGUUUAUUUAGUUAUGUAACCAAAUUGUUAAUAAUGUUUAUUCAUUAUCAGGAAAUAUUCAUAUUUCAUAUUUAUCUAGUGCAAGAAUGUCACAUUUUUAUUUUUAGGCUUUAUUGUUCUCAACUACCUAAUUCACUAUUUCAGUUCAUUGAUAAUUUAAUAAUAUUAUUAUUUAGAUACCGCUGCCUACUGUUUUAUGAAUUCAGAGACACCAAAGUCCUAAAUUUGAACAUUUUUGACAUAUGGCCUUCUUGCAUUGAUGUUUUGUGAAUAAAGAAUGAACAAUUAAAUGGUUAAACUUGAUAAACCACAUAGACACGUUUCCGGGUGUGUAUUUAUCCUCUUAAAUAUAUAAUAUAACAUUAAAUUAAAAAAAUUCCUUAUAAAGGUAUAAUAUUACUGUUUGAAUUAUAGUUUUUAUUUAAAUUGUAUAAAUAAUUAGUUAAUUACUUUGCCAUUUUGUUGUUUGUUUUAGGUGAGCGGCUUUUCGUCUAUUAUAAAAAAGAAAUCUAUGAGGGAAUGUGUAAAGAAACACGUUGGUCUAUUGAUAAUAGCCAACCCGAGUUUCUAAUCCACUACAUCGGUUGGAAAAAUAAAUGGGAUGAGUGGAUGGAUGAAGAUCAACUAUUAAAGUGGACCGAUGUGAAUUAUAUUUACUAUCGGCGUGCAAAAGCAGCGAGGAUGAAGUAACUAUUGAAUUUAUGUAUAAAAUAAUUAACCGCAAUAAUCCUUCUAUAUUAAGGAAAAGAUGUCCGUAGUGAAAUGUCUUAGCUCUUGUGAUAUAUGUUCGACUGGAUAAAAAAGGUUUCCUCAAAUUUUGAUAUUUUAAAAAUUAUUUCUAAGUAUUAUAUUUAUCAAACAAAUAUCUGUUUUUAUUCUUUUACAGUCUAAAUAUUAAUUUCUCAAAAAUAAAUAUAUAAUAUUACAAUAAUAAACACAAAGAAAGAAACUACAUGAUAUCUCUUUUUUUUAAAAAAAAAAAAAAAAAAAGGACAUACAUUGCAUGAUGAAAAUAGAGUAAUGUGGUAGGUGAGACAUUGAAAAGCUGAGAUGCAUGAAGUUAUUUAAUUUAUAUCUGAAACCAACGAUAAACCAUUGUUAAGGAUAAAUUAUUCGGAGUGAAGUUCUUGUUAUACAUGUUUUGAAAGGCCUUAAAUUUACGUAUUAAAAUUCUUAUUAAAAAAUUAAUACAUUUAACUCUACUUUUUCAUGUCAACCACUAAGUAUACUUAGUGGUUGACAUGAUGUUAUAGAUGUAUAUUAUAGGUUAUAACCUAUAGUAUACAUCUUGUUAAAUUUUCAAACAUUUCUGUUGGGUUUAACAAUUUUAUCCUACCAAAUAAAAAUUUCUUAAAAACUCAAAAACGCAAAAUCAAAAUGUCUAUAAAUAAGUUUUCCAAUAGAAAUUUUGUACACAAUUUAAAAAAAUAAUAAAAAUAAACAUCAUUGUAAAACCAAUAUAUUCUUUGCUGCAUUCUAAAUCUGAAAUUAAUGCUUAUUUUAGACCAUAGAUUGAUUAAAAUUUUAAAAUUUAAUAAUCGUUAAAAACUUCACAUGGAAUUUCCAAUGUCUAAAAAUGCCUAUGAUGAAAAAUAUAAUUUCAAUGAAUCCAAAAAAAAAAAUUUAAAAAUUGCGAUUUUUAUAAUUAAUUAUUGAAUAUUAAGUCAUUUUUGUUCAAUUAAGAAUUAUAAUUACUCCCCAAUAAUUUUUGAUGGAAUAUUUUUCCUUUUAUUUUUUAAUCGUUAAUUUUUUUACACUUGGUAUUUGUUUUCUUUGCGUCUCUACAACUUGAGGCAUAAAUUGUUUAUAUUCCUUGUUUUUUGUUAGCUGUAAAUUGCACUUUAGUGCAACACCCCAUUUUGCAAAUUCAUUAACAACCAAUUUUUUUUUUUCAAUUAUCUUCUGAUCAUUGAUGAACAGUGAUCUUGGGAUCCUCUUCUCACAUAUUAUAAGGUUCGUUUUUUUUAUGAAUUCCUAAUAAAUAUUUUUUGAUGAGAAAAGUAUCUUGUUAUAUCCUUCUGAAAUACUUUUGAUACUUAAAUAUGGUGAGAAUUAUUUGUACCAUCUUCACCCAGACCGAUAAUAAUUUUUCUUAUUUCUUUAAGUAACAAAUUGAAUUAACAUUUUUUUAAGAAUUUUUUCAGGUUAAUUUAAUUUAUAGUUUUCAUCAAGUGGUUUGGAUUUUAUUCCUCUUUUAUGAUGUAGGAAUAAUACAAGCACUUUUUCAAACCUUGGAAUAAAUUUCCGAAGGUAGUUUUGAAUGGUUGUUCAUAAAAAAUGCAUACAUUUUAUUUUUAUGAGCUUAUAAGCUUAAAUUUUUUUUUCAGAAAAGUAUAGUAUCUUUUUUUUAGUUUUUAAUACAUCUGUUAUUUUUUCUUGAGAAAUAAAUAUUAGGACAAAAAAUUAAAACAACUAAUAAAAUAGUUAUUUUUUGAUAAAUUGGAUACUCACUCAUGAAUUUGAGACCUUUAGAAAUAAUUUUAAAAAUCUGAAACUUUGAGGAAAACCUUUUUUUAUUAAGCUGAAUAUCAACUUUGUUAACAACUUAAUAUCACAAGAAUAGUAGUAAAAGAUGAAAAAAAAAAAGAUUCCUGGUCCACUUUAGUUAUAAUAAUAAUAAAAUAUAUAUUUAUAUAUAAUUCAUUUAAUAGAUAUUCCAAAGAAUCUAAAAACUUCAAUUAUUUAAUUUCCAAGAAGAGGAAACAAGUGGAGAGGAAAAAAGGGAAGGUGGACAUGAACCAAAAGAAGCCAGGGAAGAUUCCAGUCAAAAUACAAAUGAAGAAACCAAAGAAAAAUGAACAGGAGAAAACACUGGAGGAAAACAAGAAAAAUCAGAACAAUAUUGAAAAAAAGAUGAUACUGAAGAAGAAAGAGGAAAAGAAAGAAAAAAAUAAGACACUAGAAAAGGAGCCAAAGAAUGAAAUGCAUUCUCAGCAUGAAAUGGAAGAUGACAAACAAGAAACACUUGAGAAGCAGCCAGAGAAGAAAAUAUCUCUACUUUUUUCUUCACUUGCAUCUCAGCAGGAAAAGGAGGGUAAAAAACAAGACUUAUCUAAGAUAAAUUUUCAUAAUGAUUCAAAAAUUCUGAAUGUGCCUCGCUCUAUUUUGAAUUUAGACCAAGGUAAAAGUAAUAUUUCAAUUAAACUAUUAUUUUAGUAAAAUAAAAAUAUUCUGAUUUGAGUAUUAUUUGAUUUUAUUAAAUGUCCAUAUUUGUAUUAAAAGUCAUCGAGGUUCUGUCUCAAAAUUAAACAUUGUAGUCCAAUCAAAAUAAAAAAAAGUUAUGAAUUAAUUCCUAGAAAACUGAAUUUCAGUACACAAUUAGUCUUACUAAUGAACAUACUAAAAGUCUCUAGGUACAUCACAUAGAUUAAUAAUAUUGUGUAACUAUGUUACUAUUUGAUAAAACCACCUAUAACAAUAAAAUUCAAACCAAUGGGCUUGCUGCUACACAAAUGUUGUAUGGUUUUUUUGUGCUUUAAUUUUAUUAAUUUCUAUACUCUAUGCAUUAUUAUAAGUCAACCAAAUCAUUUAAAUAAUCAAGAUUUUGGUUCUUUAUUACUUCCAAAUUGAAAAAAAGAUCACAAGUAUUUUUUUGCCUUAAAUAGCUAAUAAUCUUUUAAAAAUGGAACACAUAUGUCUUGAUAAAUGAUUUUGUUAUUUUCUGGAAUCAAAUGUUUAAUUAAUUUUGAUGCUAUACAGUUAUGAUUUUUUUGAGUUUAUCCGUAUUUAAAGUGCAAUAUAUUGAGCAAUACUGUCAAUCAAUUAGUUUUAUUUUUCUCAGCCAAAAAAGAUAAUUAUUGUUUACCUAUUGAUUACAAUUUAAUUUAAUAAUAUGCUCAGCAAAGUAGACUGCUUAAACAGGAAUAGAACUAAAUCUUUAAAAUUUCCUUUAAGACAACUUAAAAAUUGUUUCUCAUUGUGGCCUCAAAACCCCAAAUAUUAUUUAGAACUUAUAUGUUGGCUUUAAAUUUUAAUCAAUAAACAUCACCAAUAAAAUUUAAAGAGGGAAAUAUUUCUGAGGGCUGUACAUAGCUUUUUUGAAAAUAAUUGUGUAAAAAAAGUUAUAGUUAUAUUGGUUUUUGUUUUAAAUAUUUUUAACUUUUUGUAUGAUAAAUGUUUACAAUUAGCUCUUGGGGUAUUAUUCUCUGUUUAUAUUUUCUUAUUUAUGUUUAAACUAAUUUUAACCCAAGCACCACAAUAUUUGUUCUAAGUAACUUAAUUUUCUUAUGUUCGGUGGUUAGCCUAAAACAGUAAAUAAGGAGCUUAGUGUUUUCUAAAAGCAUGUUUGUAUUUAGGAUCAAUGGACCUGCAAUGGACUAGAAAGCCAUUAACAACGGAACAUGAAGAAUUCAAAAAAUUUAAAAAAUUUACAAACCCUAGCAUUGAACUUGGAUCUUUUAAAUAUGAACCACCGACUGCAGUUAUGUUGGGUAUUAUUUUUAAUAUCAAAUAAUUAAUUUAGUUUUUAAAUCAUUAUAUUUUUGUUGAUUUAGAUAAAAAUAGUCCAUUUUCAGUAAACUAUCUUCCAUUCGGUAAACUUGUGAAAAAAAAGAAGUAAUAAUUAAGUUUCUAUAUUACAGAUGCAUACUGGCUCACUAGAAACCAGGAAUUUCAUGGGGGGCCCAUCAGAUUUCCCUGUACUAAUUAAUAAUACACUUUCAUUUUUUUCAUUAAUAAUAAUAUAGUUUAGUUUAUUUAAAACUCAAAAUUUUAAAUCUGCUUUUAUUGUAUAAAAAAUUAAUGACUCUAAUUCAUUUUAAACUGUGCUUACUUGUGCACAAAUUUUAAUAUCAUACUAAAAAAAUAGAUUUAACACUUUAAAUAGAUUAAACUAUAUUAUCAUAAAUGAAAAACGUGAAAAAGUGUAUUAUUAAUUAGUACAGGGAAAUUUGUGCACAAGUAAGCACAGUUUCAAUAAAUUAUAGUUAUUGAUUUCAUAUGUCAUAGCUAAUAUUAGUAUUUUUAAAUAUAUAUAUAUAUAUAUUUAAAGGAUGUGAAUAUCAUCAACUUCAAAGAUAGUUUCUACAUUUCUGAUUUUGUCUAAUUGGUAUAUUAGAAGGUAAUUUUUGUUUUUACUUUUUCUAAAUUUGUGGAAAAAGUGAUACAAUUUUCAAAAUUAUAAAUUUAAAUAUAAUAGUGUUUGUUUUAUAUGGAUAAAACAUUAAAACAUUUUUAAUCACUUUCAAAACAUUUGAACAAGUGGCUCUCUCCAUUGUUCUUACAAUAAAAUAUAAAAUCGAAAAUUUAUAUUCUGGAUUAUUUUUUUUUAUUAAUCUUUAAAAUUUCAAUUUAUAAUUUAUAAAAACAAUGAAAUUUUGCUUACUACUACUACUGCUUCUAUUAGUACAAUUUCUAUUUAUCCUUUAUUUAGAUAAAACUCAUUUUGACCUCCAUACAAAAAUGCUCAAAAAAUUGAGGUUUAUUACAAAUUAUACUUAGGUCGAAAAAAGUAGUAGGGUCCCGUACAAAAUGAGGAGACAGUGUGUACCUGUGUUUAUCAUAUAAUAUAUGUGUAAAUAUUGCAUUUAUAAUAUAACAUUAAUUUAAUUUUUUGAAAUUUGUAGAUAUGAGUAAUAGAUUGCUACCAGACUGCAUACCUAGAAUUCCUGAAAGUUUUCUUAAAAAGAUCUGGAUAUAAUCGUAUCAGAAUUUCAUCAAAGGAAGAUUUGAAAAGUACUGAAUAUUAUUAAACUUUUUAGUUUUUGUUUGGUUUAAUUGUUAAAAUUUAUUUGGCUUUUUAAAUAUACAAUACAAUUUAAUACAUAGUUUAUUGGUGGCCAAAGUCCACAUAUAUUAUAUAUAUUCUUGCAUUUACCCAACAGAAUAUGAGUGGUAAAAUGAAAUAAAAUAAUUGUUUAAACAUCCUUAUUAAAUUACUAACAUAGCAAUUGAUAUAACUUAAAUCGAAUUGAUUAAACAUUUUAAAUCAUCCAACAUUGGUUCUUUAAAAGAUUUAUCACUGUUUUCAAUACAAAGAAUUAAAAAAAUGAAUGAAACUUCCUACCUACUUGAUGUAUAUGUUGGUUGAUUAUUAGAAAAAUAAGAAAAUAAAUUUUAGUUAAAACCUUUGCAAUUCAAUUAAUAUUAUAAUAUAAUAAAUGCUUAAAACUUUUGUAGCUCCAAAUCCAUUUUGUUUCAAAAUUAACUGUCAAACGAACUCGGCUACUAAAGGUAAACUCAAUUUUAACUUAUUUCAUAGGUUUAUGUUUCGAUAUUAAUUGUUGUUUUAUUUGUACGAAAUAAAUUAUAGCCUCCAUUGGUACAAUAAUCUCAUUUCAAACCUAUUUACUUCCAAGGCUACACAUAUCAAUGCCACCAGCUUUAGUCAGUAAUAA